UGCAGCCCGUGUGCUGAGCCCAUCCUGCGCUUUCCAGAGAGUCCCUGCGCGCGAAGUUUAUUUCUGCUAAGUUACACCUGUGAUAACGAACAAUGUAUCUAAAGGAUAGAGCUAAGUUCCUACAUAUUGAGAAGAAGUUAGCCACUGGAGAACUUAAAGUCGCCGAAAAAGACGGGGAAAAGAAGUCUAAUGUGUGGAAACACUUCGACAUAGUUGUCAAGGCAGAGCCUGGAUAUUUUCAACAUGAACCAUAUGUCAGAUGUAGAGCUUGUGGAAUCAUCAUGAACUAUCACAGCAAGAAGACUGGGACUUCCCAGAUGCAGCGGCACUCGAGUAGACGUUGUAUGAGAGGUUUUAUAGGCCGACCAAAAGAUGAUGCGAACCACCCUGAUUUUGCCCCAUCACAAAACCUGGCACAUCAGGCUGGCUUGACCUGUCCAGUUUCCUCUUACGAGGAAGGAGAAGAUGAGAAAGGUUCGGUGAAAAUUAAGGUUGAAGAAGACUAUGAACAGCUGGAAGAACCUCUGAGUGGUCAGGAUGACCCCACAGAAGACCAAAGGAGAGAUGAUGGCAGGUCCCCCACUUCUUUCACCACUAAUAAACUCAAGGAAAUUGGGGAACAGAACAGAUCAUCUGAGAUUACAAAAGAAUCGUACAGUCGACAUCAGACUUGUUUUGAUGCUGAUCAUGCUCAGACACUGGGAGAGAUCCUUGCAUACUGCCAGGUUAUGUAUGGAGCCAUACAGAAGUUGGAUGAGAAAUUAGAAAGCCUGCAGGCCAAAGUGGUGCAUAUUGAACCAGUCCAACUGACCACAGAGCUCUUUCAAAAGGCCACGUCAAACGCAGCACAGCUCCUAGCCAACAACUCGAUGGACCUCCCGAUUGUGAAUGCGGUUAAUGAGUCGCCGGUGCCUAAUCUCCCAACUGUAUCCAUGCCAGAGUUGGUGCGCGUCUGCUCUCCCUCGCCCCUCUCUGCUGCUGUAAAGGCCAGGAAGCCACCGCAUCUGUUGCCAGCCACACGAGACAGUAGCCCCGUUCGCCUACCCGACCAAGGGACUGCAGCGAGCAGCAGCAGCAGCAGCAGUGUUGCUGCUACACACUCACCGCAUGUGAAGCCUAUUGAAGGGGAGGAGGACACAGAAGUGCAACCAAGUGAACAUUCCCCACCCCGCAGAGGUUCAACCAAAAUAGUUCCAUCCAUCAUGAAACAAACUGGCUCAGAAAGACUCGGAUGGGUAGGCGAUCGGAAGAGGAACGUGUGCCUCAGCCAGGGCAAGAUGCUGAAGGUGCAGAAGAUGACCAAGCCCAGCAGGGCCGUCCGUUUCCUCUUCCGCAGCCUCUUCUCCGUGGAGGAGCUGCAGUGCAGCAACACGCUGGGGGACCAAGCCAGGGGCCUGAAGAGACUGGACCCCAAUAAAAUCGCAGCCAUCAGAGUGAGAAGAAAGAUGGCAGAGAAAAACAUGCCAGGUGUUGCUGAUCUGGAGGAGCUCUCCACACUAAGUGAAUCGACCGACGAAGAGGAAGAAAUAGAGGACAACCCUCCUGAAUAUGAAGCGCCUGCAGCAGCAACAACUGCGUGUGCAGCUGUCGAAAAGUUCCUCAUGGAGCAGGUUGGGGAACUACAUUUGAAAAUGGACCACAUCAUUGAACUGCUCCAGAGUAGACACCCAGGGGCCAGAGAUACUGACACUAUUCUGCCAAUGCUGCCAUUGGCUACCAUGGAUGACCUCCAUGAUUUUGACUGGCGUCUACAAAGUGAUAGCACCUUCAGGACACAAGUGAUAAACAAACUGUCACUGUCUGGAGGGAAGAAUAUUAGAGAGACUGUCUGGAGGGUGUGCUCCAAAGCCAUCAGCCAAAACUUGGCCACCCAGCUGAAUUGGUGCGGUAGAGGACAGAAGACAGGGCUGAAGUCAACACCCAUUCACCAGGUUCUUCUCAGCGCUGUGUUGGCCAACCCAGUUGGCAACUACACCGAGGCUGAGGUGGAGACGGCUAUGAAGAACUGGCUGCGACUGAGUGGGGACAGAGAUGGCGGGCGCCAAAGGCGAAGAACUUAUGCCGCAUGUACACCAGAAACGACCUACACUACCCAAGUAGUUAAAGUCGCUGAAGAAGUUUAGCCUUUAAUUCGCUCUGUUCACUCUGGACGUGACAUUGACAUGUUUGAUUUAGCUAAUCACAUAAGGGCUGUGGCUUGACAGCUUGGGACAUUCGGACAUAUGAACAUUCCAAUUGGUUUUCGCCGAACCGCAUCCCAGCUCGUUACCAUGAUUUUGGCUUGAAUUUAAAUUCGCCCUGUACGUCACUUCGCUCCUUCGCAGGUGGCUCCUGGCAAAUUCGCUUUGGUCGCUUUAGUUGCUUUAGUCGCCGACUCUCCAUAGAGCAAUAAUUACAUCCGUCGCUCAGUUAGCGUAUAUCGCUCUUGGUGUGCACAUAUCUUUCACGGUUUUCACGGUCCACUUUGCCAAGAAUGGCAAAUGGUUUUGUAUAUUGUUUAAUUAUUUGAAUUCUUAAUUUGUUUUUAUUUAUUUAUUUAUAUUUUAUUGUUUUUCCAGGAAGAGGAGAAAUGGGGAGCAACACUCAUUAAGAACAGAACUAUUAUUAGGGUAUUGGACCGGGGCCAGCGAUUCAAAUUAUUUUCCAUACUCAAGAAUGCCCCACGAUACGAUAGCCUACCGUACGAUUCGAUUAUGUAGAUCGUCUGCCGUUGGAUCGAUGUAUCGAUAUAUUUCAAUUAUUAUUUACAUAGUACAUACAGGGAGUUUGUCUCAUACAUAAAAUAUGCAUUUACAUUAUACAGUCAUGGUAAUAAGGUCGAGCUGUUUGGCCACCUUCAGCUAUGGUUUAAAUGGUAUUUCUUUGUUCCAGCCAAGAGUUCCAUUUUUUGGUUAACAUAGGUUGUUAUUAUUUGUUACAUUUUGUAUAUUUCCACCACAAUGUCUCUGGUUGUAGCCAUUUCCUUGUAAUAGCUGUUUUUGCUGGACACCAACAGAAUGCUGAUUAAGAUAAUGUUUAAUUUCAAUAAAAGAAAUGUUAAUUUAAAAAAGAAUCAAAUCUGUCUCUUUUUAUUGGUGAAGCAGCCUAUGGGCAUGAUUGGAUGAUUUGAUCAGAGGACCUCAAAUAAUGGUGGAAUAAGGGCCUCCGCAAACCAGCUCCAACAAAGUGCAGAGCACUGCUCCACACAAGUUCGAUUCCAUUGUUUUCAAUAGAACCCCUCACACUG